AUGAACCAAAACAUAAUAUAUAGUGUGGUCCCUGAACCUACAAGGACCAGAACAGAGCGAGGCCUGUCGCAUGAAGGCUCGGUCAUCGCAGUAAUGAACGUCGGCCAACCUCGCACUGAAGAACAGCGUCCCCAGCUUUCGAACGCAAUAAGGCGCAUCUGCUCAAUCGAAGACCUGCCCCCCGAGCUCCUGCGCUGCAUCUUCCUGUUCGCAGCACCCGCGUUUGACGCGGACGAGGAGGUGCCGGCGUAUGAAGACGAGGAGCGGUGCGCUGCACAUCCGGGGCACCUGGUAGCUCGCGUGUGCCGCCUCUGGCGUAACAUCGCCCUCCAGCUCCCGGCACUAUGGACCACUGUCGACUUCAACGACGGGUUUCAGCAAGCCGAGGCAUACCUUGAAUUGUCGCGAAACGCGCCGGUGACGAUUUCGCUCGAUCUCACGAAGCCGAUCAGAGGCCAGUCCGAGGACAUACGGGAUUCGGACAUGGACGAAGACGUGGAGCGCAUAUUCCUCCCGCUGAUCAUGCCGCAUGUUUCCCGGUGGCGCUCGCUCAGGUUCAGCUCAGACGAUGCGCAUUCGAUGUUGCGCGUGCUGGUCGCCAUGAGCAAAUGUGGGCCGGCUCCUCUGCUGGAAGAGCUCCUUCUCUCCCGCCCUGUUGCCCGCAGUCGUGUGGAAAUUGGCUACAUGCCGCUACUGUUCGCCACCUGGUCUAAAUUGAUCCUGUUCCAAGACAAUGCGCCGAAGCUGACGCACCUGGCACUGCGGGGCAUCUACCUGAACUGGGCAGAAUCGCGCUGCUUCAGUGGGCUGCAUCGACUCGAGCUUGCGUACCACGCGGAACCCGUCCGGCCCGAGUACAAGGAAUUCGCGCGCAUCCUGAACAGUUCCCCAAAUCUGCACACACUCAUUUUGCGCAACUCGGGACCUUUCGAGGGAUUGGACGAGUGGAUGGAGAGCAUGGGGCUCUCGGAGGACGACGACUGGCUGCCGCUCAUUGUCGUCCUGCGCUCGCUCCGCAAGCUCGUGCUGGACUUCACGUCCUACCGCACCGAGUUCCUUCUGAAAUGCCUCGACUUUGGCUCGCUCGAAGAGCUCGAGAUUAGCUCUCCCUCCGGAUCUCCCUCCUCUUUCAUGCGGAGCCUCGUCCAGCGUCCAGAGGCGUUCGCGGGCUUGCGCUCCCUGAGCGUGUCAGGCCUGCGCACCCGGGACUAUGUCAUCGAGUUCUACGCCGUGAUGCCGAACCUCACGACGCUCACCCUCGACUUCCGGCGCAUGUCGCGCGAGUGGUACCGCAACGCGCGCCGGCCGCCGCUCGCGCGCUUCGGGGGCUUCAUGGGCCACGCGGCGGGCAUGUUCUUCCCGCGCCUCGACACGCUCGUCACGACGGGCGUGAACGGCCGCAUGAUGUGUGCGCUCGUCGGGGAGCGCCGCGAUGCGGGCAUGCCCCUGCGCUGCGUGCACAUGCACGCGGGCGACCGCAUACGCCCGGACCGCCUUGCGUGGCUCGCGGAGAACGUGGAGGUGUUUGGGCUGUUCCGCCACCCGGAGGACGGGUAUGUUGCCACGGCGGAGGAGGACGAAAACUCAGAUGCCGUGAGCGAUGAUGAUUCCGAUCUGGAUGAGGACGAGUAG